GCGCACAGCUGAGGGAUGCUGAAGUAGGCUUGCCUGCUGUUGCUAGCCUGGUAGCCACCUUAGCUGCGCCUGGCAAGCCUGGCAGACAGAGCCGAUUCUCCUCACCCUCUCAAGCGAAAUCACCCGAGGGAGACACACUACAGGCCAUGGAGAGGACACAGCGCAUGUGGCUGUCAUUUGUAGCUACCCCUCACAUCAGUUUUCGGUUAGAUGUCAAUGUCAUAGUUUAUAGCUAAGGCUGUCCAGUUAGCUGAUUUAGCCUGGUGAGCGCAGGGCCAAGGCCAAGGCCGAGCGAGAAAAGGGAGGCCGUCAUCGGGUUUUGUUCCGUAGGUGGGCAGAGGAGGAGAGUGGGACAUCAGAUUUAGGAUCAGAACCAGCGUUGAAGACGCCUCCGCCAUCAGCUAAGCCACUGUCACCCUCUGCUGAGACAUGUCUUCAUCAGGGUGCUGCCACCUACCAGGCUCCCUUUGUGAUUACUCUGGGAAUGCUGAAUCUGAUGCCUCUAAGGAUUCAGAGGAGUCUGAUUCUACCACACAAGCCCAAUAUAUUGCCAAGGUGACGGCAAAAGACGGCCGCCCACUCUCCACCGUUGUCAAAGCUGUGAGCUUGCAGAGCGAUGUGGGCAUGUGUCGGAUUUGUCAUGAGGGAGCUGGGGGAGAGACUCUGCUCUCGCCCUGUGACUGCACCGGUACUCUGGGUAAAGUGCACAAGAGCUGCUUGGAGAAGUGGCUGUCCUCCUCCAACACUAGCUACUGUGAACUCUGUCACACAGAAUUCACCAUUGAACGACGACCACAACCACUCACACAGUGGCUGAAGGAUCCAGGCCCUCGCAGUGAGAAGCGCACACUGCUCUGCGACAUGGCCUGCUUCCUGCUCAUCACGCCCCUGGCUGCCAUCUCUGGCUGGCUGUGUCUGAGGGGAGCCCAGGACCACCUGCAGCUGAAGAGCAGACUUGAGGCUGUGGGCCUCAUCGCCCUCACCAUUGCCCUCUUUACCAUCUACAUCCUCUGGACACUGGUGUCAUUUCGGUAUCACUGUCAGUUGUACUCGGAGUGGAGGAGGACCAAUCAGAAAGUGCGCCUGCUCAUGCCCGACAUGAAAGGAGCGCACACCACCCAACGAUCUAUGCCGACCAAGUCGACCAAGAAAAUGACUGACGAGACCAUCGUAUGAGUGCAGAGCAGUGCAGAGAGGAAUAUUUAAAUAACCCCCACUGAAGCGCUCUCUGAAAAAAACAAGAUUAAUCAUAUUAAUGAACUUUUGCACUUCAUAUGGACCAUUCUGAGAGGAGAGAGCUGAACUGUUCUUCUGUUUUCUUUUAUCAAAGCACUUGAUGUUAAGUAGGACGGUAUCUACCGACCACAAAAUGUGUUUUUUGGAGGAACUCAUUCUGGAGCCCUUGUUGAUGUUGAAACACAGAGUUGAUGUUGGACAAUGAGUGCUGGGAUGUGAAAACGACUGAACACGUGAACUAACCAGCCCAACUGUGUGUCUGUGACACAAACUUUAAAAAUACUAAGAAACAUGCUAAUGUAGCAGGAUAUAACUGAUUCAGCAUGCUACUACAGUAUAAUAUGAAACAUAUUCACUACCUAUAAUUCCCCCAUGCCCCUUCACGAUGUAUUUAGCUGUUUUUGAACAAAGGGCGGUCAAGAGCCCGGCAGAGGCUCUUGAUCCAGAGACAUGAUUGACAAAGUGUAUCUGUGAAUAUUCUUUAACGAAAAGCAGAGAGCAACAGUGACUCGUACAAACCAUCAUGUCUUUAAUCUGAAACUUUAAAAGUUUCCUGGUGAGGCUUUGUUAUUGCAGUCUGAACAGUUGAAAUUCAAUAAUUUUCCUGUUUAGUUACAGCCGAGGCGUCACAUAUGUAUCACACUUGCAGCAGGGUCAGUGAAGACUGAAGUAUACAGAAUAACACCAGCUGCAGCCGUCAAACGGCAUCCCGGUAAUGUUCAAGGACAAAGUAUUGAAGGUGUGGAAAAGUGUUAACAAUUGGACGGCGUCUCCACUAUUGUGAUAAAAGUGCAUUACAGCCCUGUUCCACUUGUAAAUGCACCAUCCAUUGAUUGAGCUGCCUAGCAAUGACCAGUAGUUUAUCCUACGUCACAAAAGAUGCAACUGAAACCAGAAGAGAACCAGUGUUCUGAAUAGUGAGAUUACAGACUCUAAAAUCACAGAGAGAUAUCAGAGCAGGCUGGUACUCUGUAAAAGGUGUAAAGGUGCAAAAAAAGACGUGAUCUGAGAUAUCAAUCAAUGUAUGCAGCAUAUGCUAAACAAAGUAUUUUGUGUCAUUGUAGUCUUCCUGCUGCAUCCCCCUGGAAAAGUUGGGUUAUUGUGCAAUAAAACACGAGGGACUCCUGGACUAAACGGUCUGGAAUGUGACUUGUCUGGUGGUUUGAGGUGAUCCAGUCUCUAAUGAUCCUCAUGUGGGCUUUGGAAAUAACAGUAUCUAA